UAAACGGGAGGCUUCCAAGGUGGGCUGGUAUUUCAGGUAAAUAUUCAGUGGCCCUGAGCAGGGAGACCAGACUGCAUGACCCAGCCUCAGACGCACAGUCUGCCUGUUAGUACACCUCAUCGGAGGACUGGCUGGAACCUAAAAGCCAAGGGACGUGCUUUCUCCCAAGUCAGAAGUCUGUGCUUACUUUUGGCAACUUUGGAGCUUGUACUGUAGGGUUACUUCCCAGGCCAGAAAUUUGCAUCAAAGGGCUAAGAAAAAUACAUCCAAAAAUAAACAUGAAAGCCAAGAUUUCAUGCCAGGAACUCCAGCCACACACAUCCUGUUGGCUGGUUGUCUUGACUCUCCUCACAGUUGUGAUUCUUUUAAACGAAGCGGAAGCCUGCUCCGAUGACUUGGACCUCAUGUCUGCUCCAGGGUCUCACUCCUCUGUCCUCGAGCUUUUCCAUAGCGUGGCGCAAUGAUUCAAAUCCAGAAAGGAAGGGAGUGAAGUUAUUAGGAGGUAACUAAAGUUAAAUAUAUGUGUAUGUGUAGAGGAAGUCUUUUCCUACUGUCUUUGGCUGCCUGAGCUUUUCUGGAGAACCACCAGCACCAGACUGAGAUCCUUUUAACACUAACAGAUACAAACAAGGAGUUAUCGGCAAUGAAGGUGUAUUUUGUUGUCCAGAUAAAGGACAGAUAUUCACUGGAUGUCUGGGAACUCUGAGAGACUGGAAAAGAAGGACAUAUGCCCUAUCAGAAAUAUCGACAGUACAUGGCAGGACUUCUGGCUCCUCCUUAUGGUGUUAUGGAAACGGGCUCUAACAAUGACAGGAUUCCUGACAAGGAGAACACACCUCUCAUUGAACCUCACGUUCCUCUUCGUCCUGCUAACACCAUUAGCAAGGUCCCUUCAGAGAAGAUCCUCAGGGCUGGAAAAAUUUUACGAAAUGCCAUUCUCUCUCGAGCACCUCACAUGAUAAGAGAUAGAAAAUACCACCUGAAGACGUACAGGCAGUGCUGUGUGGGGACCGAGCUGGUGGACUGGAUGCUGCAGCAGACUUCAUGCGUUCACUCCCGAACUCAGGCUGUUGGCAUGUGGCAGGUGCUGGUGGAGGAAAAUGUUCUCAACCACGUGGACCAGGAGCACCACUUCCAAGACAAAUAUUUAUUUUAUCGAUUUCUGGAUGACGAGCACGAGGAUGCCCCCUUGCCUACUGAGGAGGAGAAGAAGGAGUGUGAUGAGGAGCUGCAGGACACCAUGCUGCUGCUGUCGCAGAUGGGCCCUGACGCCCACAUGAGGAUGAUCCUCCGCAAACCACCUGGCCAGAGGACUGUGGAUGACCUAGAGAUUAUCUAUGAAGAGCUCAUUCACAUUAAGGCCUUAUCCCAUCUGUCUACCACAGUGAAACGAGAGUUAGCAGGGGUCCUCAUUUUUGAAUCUCAUGCCAAAGGAGGAACUGUGCUGUUUAACCAGGGGGAAGAAGGCACCUCCUGGUACAUUAUUCUAAAAGGAUCAGUGAAUGUAGUCAUUUACGGCAAGGGUGUGGUCUGUACCCUGCAUGAAGGGGAUGACUUUGGCAAGUUAGCACUGGUCAAUGACGCGCCAAGAGCUGCUUCUAUCGUCUUGAGAGAAGACAAUUGUCACUUCUUAAGGGUAGACAAGGAGGAUUUCAACCGGAUCCUGAGGGACGUUGAGGCGAAUACAGUCAGACUUAAAGAACAUGACCAAGAUGUCUUGGUGCUGGAGAAGGUCCCAGCAGGGAACAGGGCUUCUAAUCAAGGAAACUCACAGCCUCAGCAAAAGUAUACUGUGAUGUCAGGAACACCUGAAAAAAUUUUAGAGCAUUUUCUAGAAACAAUACGCCUUGAGCCAGCUUUAAAUGAAGCAACAGAUUCUGUUUUAAAUGACUUUGUUAUGAUGCACUGUGUUUUUAUGCCAAAUACCCAGCUUUGCCCUGCCUUGGUGGCCCAUUACCACGCCCAGCCCUCACAAGGUACGGAGCAGGAGAAAAUGGAUUACACCCUCAACAACAAGAGGCGUGUCAUCCGCCUGGUGCUGCAGUGGGCCGCCGUGUAUGGAGACGUCCUACAAGAGGAUGACGUGGCCGUGGCUUUCCUCGAGGAGUUUUAUGUGUCUGUGUCAGAUGAUGCCCGGAUGAUUGCCGCCCUCAAGGACCAAUUGCCCGAGUUGGAGAAGAUUGUCAAGCAAAUUUCAGAAGAUGCAAAGGCUCCACAAAAGAAGCACAAAGUUCUUUUGCAACAGUUCAACACAGGCGAUGAGAGAGCCCAAAAGCGCCAGCCUAUCCGCGGCUCGGAUGAAGUUCUGUUUAAAGUCUACUGCCUGGACCACACCUACACAACCAUUCGGGUGCCAGUGGCUGCCUCGGUGAAGGAAGUCAUCAGCGCAGUUGCCGACAAACUGGGCUCCGGGGAAGGCCUGAUCAUCGUCAAGAUGAGCUCUGGAGGAGAAAAGGUGGUGCUCAAACCUAAUGAUGUUUCAGUAUUUACGACGCUCACCAUUAAUGGACGCCUAUUUGCUUGCCCGCGAGAGCAAUUCGAUUCACUGACUCCCUUGCCAGAGCAGGAAGGCCCAACUGUUGGAACAGUGGGAACUUUUGAACUGAUGAGUUCCAAAGAUUUAGCGUACCAGAUGACCAUUUAUGAUUGGGAACUCUUCAACUGUGUGCACGAGCUGGAGCUAAUCUAUCACACAUUUGGAAGGCAUAAUUUUAAAAAGACCACAGCAAACUUGGAUUUGUUCCUGAGGAGAUUUAAUGAAAUUCAGUUUUGGGUUGUCACUGAGAUUUGCCUUUGUUCCCAGCCCAGCAAGCGUGUUCAGCUCUUAAAAAAAUUUAUUAAGAUCGCAGCCCACUGUAAGGAGUACAAAAAUCUGAAUUCCUUUUUUGCCAUCGUCAUGGGACUAAGUAAUGUUGCUGUGAGCCGCUUGGCACUCACGUGGGAGAAACUGCCAAGCAAGUUCAAGAAGUUCUAUGCGGAGUUUGAAAGUUUAAUGGAUCCUUCUAGAAACCACAGGGCCUACAGGCUGACUGUAGCUAAGCUGGAGCCGCCUCUCAUCCCCUUCAUGCCUUUGCUCAUUAAAGAUAUGACAUUUACUCAUGAGGGGAACAAGACGUUCAUUGACAAUCUAGUAAACUUUGAAAAAAUGCGCAUGAUUGCAAAUACUGCCAGAACAGUGAGAUACUGCAGGAGCCAAGCCUUCAACCCCGAUGCAGCACAAGCUAGUAAGAACCAUCAGGAUGUCCGGAGUUAUGUACGGCAAUUAAAUGUGAUUGACAACCAGAGAACUUUAUCACAGAUGUCACACAGAUUAGAGCCUCGUCGACCAUAGACAUUUAAAGUGCCCAGAACAAUGGUUUGCCUCCAGUCCACAGUUUUUCAAAAAUGCCAUUUACGCUACUACUGACUGUCUUGUCACUAGAAAAUUCUACAAAACAAGCAGACACGCAGCCGGAGACAUCUCAGGGCUGCGGCUUACCAGCGUCCUGACAAGAGAAGAAAUUCUUUGACUUGCAUAAAACGUUCGCACUCUAGCUUAGGACCCUCCAAUUUGUGGUCACCCUAUUUUAUUUCCAAUUGUGCCAUCCUCUUUGCUGAAAUAUAAAUUAAGUCCCACACGAAGAGCUUGGUGGGAAUACCAUUGUCAAGAGACAUAGCACGUCCCUGAUGGUUCUCCUCAGAGAACUGGCAGGGGAGAUACGCUACAAAUAGCGUUUACGUGACUACGUUUGUGGUGGUCUAGUUUCACAGUUUUUAAUCUCAACACCUUGAUUUGGAGCAUGAGGUUGGAAGGUGUUGAAGAAUCAUGUAAAUCUAAAUCAUAAGCUGUAUUCUAGCAUCUUCAUAGUCUUACCUCUGAAGGAGUUAAACCCCACCACACUACUAUAAAACAUUAUGGCUAUUUAUGUAAUUUAGGGAGGACUGGUCUGUAAUUUCUGAAUGAUAUCUAGAAUAAUAUUUAUGUUUACAAUGUAACUUUUUU